AUGCCCGCCCGGCGGCGGCUGUUGCUGCUGCCGCUGCUGUGGGCGCUGCUGCUGCCCGGCUCCAGGAUUUUUGGAAGUCCCAGCACAGUGACGCUUCCUGAAACCCUGUUGUUUGUGUCAACCCUGGAUGGAAGUUUGCACGCUGUCAGCAAGAGCACAGGCUCGAUCAAAUGGACUUUAAAAGAAGAUCCAGUUCUGCAGGUUCCAACACACGUCGAAGAGCCAGCCUUCCUCCCGGAUCCCAACGAUGGCAGCCUGUAUACACUUGGGGGCAAGCAGAAUGAAGGCCUAACGAAACUUCCCUUUACCAUCCCGGAGUUGGUACAGGCGUCGCCAUGCCGAAGUUCAGAUGGGAUUCUCUACAUGGGUAAAAAGCAGGACAUUUGGUAUGUCAUUGACCUUCUGACCGGGGAGAAACAGCAGACUCUGUCAUCGGCCUUUGCAGAUAGCCUCUGCCCUUCGACCUCUCUUCUGUACCUUGGGCGCACAGAAUAUACCAUCACCAUGUACGACACCAAAACCCGAGAGCUCCGGUGGAAUGCCACCUACUUCGACUACGCAGCCUCGCUGCCCGAGGACGACGUGGACUACAAGAUGUCCCAUUUUGUGUCCAAUGGCGACGGGCUGGUGGUGACGGUGGACAGUGAAUCGGGCGAUGUCCUGUGGAUCCAGAACUACGCUUCCCCCGUGGUGGCCUUUUACGUGUGGCAGCGGGAGGGGCUGCGGAAGGUGAUGCACAUCAACGUCGCCGUGGAGACCCUGCGCUACCUGACCUUCAUGUCCGGGGAGGUGGGGCGCAUCACCAAGUGGAAGUACCCCUUCCCCAAGGAGACGGAGGCCAAGAGCAAGCUGACGCCCACCCUGUAUGUCGGGAAAUACUCUACCAGCCUCUACGCCUCCCCCUCAAUGGUCCACGAGGGGGUUGCUGUUGUGCCCCGAGGCAGGACCCUUCCUUUGCUGGAAGGCCCCCAGACUGACGGUGUCACCAUUGGGGACAAAGGAGAGUGUGUGAUCACACCCAGCACGGAUCUAAAGUUGAACCCCGGGCUCAAAGGGAAGAACAAGCUCAACUACUUGAGGAACUACUGGCUUCUGAUCGGGCACCAUGAAACGCCGCUGUCUGCGUCUACCAAGAUGCUGGAGCGAUUCCCCUACAAUCUGCCCAAACACCGGGAAAAUGUGAUCCCUGCCGACUCCGAGAAAAAGAGCUUUGAGGACGUUAUCCACCUGGUUGACCAGACUUCAGACCACGCGCCCAGCACCGUUUCUCAGGAUGUGGAGGAGAAGUUCGCUCACGCCCCCGCCAAGCCCGAGGCCCCUGUGGACUCCGUGCUCAAGGACAUCGCCACCAUCAUCCUGAGCACCUUCCUGCUCAUCGGCUGGGUGGCCUUCAUCAUCACCUACCCCCUGAGCAUGCAGCAGCAGCAGCAGCUCCAGCACCAGCAGUUCCAGCAGGAACUGGAGAAAAUGCAGCUCCUGCAGCAGCAGCUGCCCUUCCACGCACCAGGGGACGUGGCUCAGGACGCCGAGCUCCAGGACUCGUCCGGCCUGUACUCGGAGAGCUCGGGCACCAGCAGCCCCAGCACGUCCCCCCGAGCCUCCAACCACUCUCUGCACUCCAGCGGCUCUGCCUCCAGGGCCGGCGCCAGCCCCUGCCUGGAGCAGGACGACGAGGAUGAGGAAACCAACAUGGUGAUGGUUGGGAAAAUUUCUUUCUGCCCCAAGGACGUCCUGGGCCACGGAGCGGAGGGCACAAUUGUGUACCGGGGCAUGUUCGACAGCCGUGACGUGGCGGUCAAGAGGAUCCUCCCCGAGUGCUUCAGCUUCGCCGACCGCGAGGUGCAGCUGCUGCGGGAGUCCGACGAGCACCCGAACGUGAUCCGGUACUUCUGCACCGAGAGGGACCGGCAGUUCCAGUACAUCGCCAUCGAGCUGUGCGCCGCCACGCUGCAGGAGUACGUGGAGCAGAAGGACUUCGCCCACCUCGGCCUGGAGCCCAUCGCCUUGCUGCAGCAGACCACCUCCGGCCUGGCCCACCUGCACUCGCUCAACAUCGUUCACAGAGACCUGAAACCCCACAACAUCCUCCUCUCCAUGCCCAAUGCUCAUGGCAGGAUCAAGGCCAUGAUCUCCGACUUCGGCCUCUGCAAGAAGCUGGCAGUGGGCAGGCACAGCUUCAGCCGCCGCUCGGGGGUGCCCGGCACCGAAGGCUGGAUCGCCCCGGAGAUGCUGAGUGAGGACUGCAAGGAGAACCCGACCUACACGGUGGACAUCUUCUCCGCGGGCUGCGUGUUCUACUACGUGGUUUCUGAGGGCAGCCACCCCUUCGGCAAGUCCCUGCAGCGACAGGCCAACAUCCUCCUGGGCGCCUACAGCCUCGACUGCCUGCAGCCCGAGAAGCACGAGGACGUCAUCGCCCGGGAGCUGAUCGAGAAGAUGAUCUCCAUGGACCCCCAGAAGCGCCCGUCCGCGAAGCACGUGCUGAAGCACCCCUUCUUCUGGAGCCUCGAGAAGCAGCUGCAGUUCUUCCAGGACGUGAGUGACCGGAUAGAGAAGGAGGCCCUGGACGGCCCGAUCGUGAAGCAGCUGGAGAGAGGCGGGCGGGCCGUGGUGAAGAUGGACUGGAGGGAGAACAUCACCGUCCCCCUCCAGACAGAUCUGCGUAAAUUCAGAACCUACAAAGGUGGCUCCGUCAGAGAUCUCCUCCGAGCCAUGAGAAACAAGAAGCACCACUACCGGGAGCUCCCCGCGGAGGUGCGGGAGACCCUGGGCUCCCUCCCCGACGACUUCGUGCGCUACUUCACGUCGCGCUUCCCCCACCUGCUCUCCCACACCUACCGGGCCAUGGAGCUGUGCAGCCACGAGAGGCUCUUCCAGCCCUACUACUUCCACCCGCCCCCCGGGCCUCGGCGCCCCGUGACUCCGGACGCCCCCGAGUCAGACCGGACUCCGUCCUGUGGCCCCAGCUGUGACUGA